AGCUCUCGUUGCUAAAUCUUAAGGUCUCUUGCGUUGCACGUAGCCCGAAGCCAACCCCACCUUCCAAAGCUUUCGCAGCCUUUCGUUGAAGUCACAGCGUUACACAAGUCACCUUCUUCCGUCAAACAACCGGCGUUUCACUCACAAUUCACGCCUCGUAAAGCCGAUUAUUUUUGAUUCCCAAAGUGUUUUCUUAGCCUCGCCACCCCCUCUCUUCCUUUUUCAAACAUAAACAUCAGAACACUCACAGAGGUCAGGUCGUGCCUUUUCCGUUCUCGUCACCAUGGUGUCCUUCGCAACACGUGCGGCGUCGCUGCUGCUGACGCUGGCCAUGGCCCUCUGCUGCAUCCCCACUGGCUAUGCCGCGCCGGAGGUAUCGACGUACAACAUGAUCGCCGGCGUGAGCGGGUCCUCCUACUUCUGGUCUGUGGUGAGCGAUAUGAUUCAGCAGCAGCAGAUGCUACAGUCGAUGUUCAAGGCGGCGCUCCAAGACGACCUGCAGACUGCGGCGGGCACGGACGUGACGGUGACGUACAAGGACAUACUUGUCAACGCGUCUGCGAUGUACGUCAAGUACACGGCUGCGGUGGCGGGGCCUUCGCCGACGCAGGCGGAGGUAGAGGCGCGCGUGGCCGCGGACGCGACGUUUCCGAAGCUGACGGAAAUCCUCACUCAGGUGAAGGAGCAGGUGUCUGAAAUCGCCGACCUAGUCCCGACGAACCUGUCGGUGACGUUCCCGCUGCCGGUGGACCCCAACGCGGACUCGUCGUCGUCUGGCUACGAGGUCGUGGACAGCGUGCAGUACGAUGUGCUGGUGCUGUUCUCCGGCCCGCCGCCUGCGUGGACGACGGCGCUGGAGGCCAACCGCCACAGGGUGUCGGCCGACGUUGCCGCGGCCGUGCAGGCGCUGAUGGACUCGAGCAAGCUGCGGAACGACGUGGAGGUGCGCGGCAUGCAUGUGCUGGCCGAGGACGCGAGCACGAAGUCGAUGGGCAGCGGUGCUGGCGGCCUCCUCGUGCGUCUGAACGUUGUGUCCUCUGCGACGACGGCGAUGACGAGCCGCCACCUGUCGACGACGGAGUACGCGAGUGUGUUGCUGCUCCUGGACACGACAACGCUGUCGGCGACGUUCAGGGCGUUGUCGGGCUCGACUGCGACUGUUGUGGUGGAGGAGACGACAAGCGUCGCUGCCACGGGCGUGAGCGACGAGUGCGAUGCCUCCUGCAAGGGCAUGAUUGUGAUGACGGCGGUGGUGGUGGCUCUCGUGGCGAUUGUUGUCGUUCUCACUCUCAUUGCCAUCUGCUGCCCAUGCUGCUGCGUGCGCUCGCCUCGUGAGGACUACGUGGUUAACGGGAAGCAGAAGUACGCAGUUCAGACAAGCGCGGCGGAAGCCAUCAAUGUCUACGGCGAUGAAAAUAUCGCAGAGUCGCACGCGCCGACGACGGUCGCGCCUGUUCGCACGAGCAGCAACGAGCCCACUAUAGAGUGA